CUCUAAUUGAAUAUUCUUGGGUUGAAUACUCUCUAAUUGAAUAUUCUUGGGUUGAAUACUCUCUAAUUGAAUUUUCUUGGGUUGAAUACUCUCUAAUUGAAUAUUCUUGGGUUGAAUACUCUCUCAUUGAAUAUUCUUGGGUUGAAUACUCUCUAAUUGAAUAUUCUUGGGUUGAAUACUCUCUAAUUGAAUAUUCUUGGGUUGAAUACUCUCUAAUUGAAUAUUCUUGGGUUGAAUACUCUCUAAUUGAAUAUUCUGGGGUUGAAUACUCUCUAAUUGAAUAUUCUUGGGUUGAAUACUCUCUAAUUGAAUAUUCUUGGGUUGAAUACUCUCUAAUUGAAUAUUCUGGGGUUGAAUACUCUCUAAUUGAAUAUUCUUGGGUUGAAUACUCUCUAAUUGAAUAUUCUUGGGUUGAAUACUCUCUAAUUGAAUAUUCUGGGGUUGAAUACUCUCUUAUUGAAUAUUCUUGGGUUGAAUACUCUCUAAUUGAAUACUCUUGGGUUGAAUACUCUCUAAUUGAAUAUUCUUGGGUUGAAUACUCUCUAAUUGAAUAUUCUGGGGUUGAAUACUCUCUAAUUGAAUAUUCUUGGGUUGAAUACUCUCUAAUUGAAUAUUCUUGGGUUGAAUACUCUCCAAUUGAAUACUCAUUUGCACUUCAACAAGAUGCAAUAUGCAAAUAAUUAUAAAGUAUUACACUUUUAUUGCCUUAAAUAUUUGGAUUAUUUCAUAAAUUCUAUUCCCAUGCCAAUUAUGUUGUGUCAGUUGUUUGUAUAUAGAAUACAUUUUUAUAUGAAUUUACUAGGAAUAAUUUCCAUUGAUAUUGUAAUAUUUGUUGUAACUAUUUUACAUUUACAUUUGAAUUAAAAAAUAGUGAAUGUCAUUAUUUAUCUUCAGUAUUAAUUACACUUGUGUAAAAAAAUGUAAAAAUGUUCCUAAUGUUCAAUUUUAAACAUAAAAAGCAUUAUAAUUUCAAACACUGCUGAGACUACUGCAUUAAAAAUAUUAUAUUUAUGCACUUACCACAUGUAUUUCACUUUUACAAUGUCAGUGUUUUUGUGACUGUGUUUCUAGUUGUCAUUAAAAUCAUUAUGCAAUAAAUAUGUCAAUUUUUCAAGCCUUAUCAGUUUCACAGCUGACUCUAGCUUUUUACAAUGCCAAUUUUGUAUAUAAUUGUAUAUAAUGUAAAUACUGUACAUUCAAGAGCAAAUAAACAAAUGUUUA